AUGAUUUCGCCACGCUGGUCCAAGCAACUUGACAUCAGAGCUUUUCUAAUAUUCCAGAGGAUCCAGCGGAUGUAUAAGACCUUUGUUGUUUUGGCUGCCCUCAUUAGCGGCCUCGCCGUUGCCGCCCUGACCCUCAAUGAAUAUCACCCUCCGUCCUCCGAUUUGAUUUUUGCCUCGGAGGGCUUCCUAUGCAGUUCAGCUAUCACUGCUAUUAUAUCGGCUGUCCUAGCGAUAAUGCUUCUGUUCCAGUUUGAGGGAUCGCAAAGAGCAACAAGAAGAGACUUGGCGGUGGCAUGGGCUCCGUUGGUACUGCUUGACUUGGCGGUAGUCGAGUUCCUCGUCGGGAUGGUCUGCUGGUAUUGUAGCAAAAAUGCUCGUUGGAGGGGGGCUCUCGUCACGGCUCAGUUGGUCGGGCUGCUCGGUCUGUGCGCGGGUCUUUCGACAUGGAUGUGGUUUUACAUGAGUCAGAAAGGCAAUCUUGGAGUGGAAGAGUCUCAAUCCGGCGAUAUGCAAAAGCGUGUUGCAGAUGAAUAA